AUGUGUCGGUGGGGCGUCAUUGUCAAUUGCCGCUCAAACAGGAUAAGGGCAAGACUGAAAUGAAAAACACAUAAAAAGAAUUGAUCUCUUUUUGGGCAUUUAUUAUAAAAGUACUUAAAUAUGGAGUCUGAAGAUGACAUUCAGCCUCUGAUUGAGGACGAAGUUUUAGAAUAUUCUACAUCUAGAGAUGCUUAUUUAGAAUUGAAUACUCAGGGAAUUCAUACAGAUCCAGAAUUUGAGCAGGUAGUAUACGGCUACCGGAGGAGCAGAUGGCGGACCAAUCUGGUGCACUUCUUCUCGGUGCUGCUCUGCGGGGUACCAGCAUUGUUAUUCCAUUGGUGUCCCACAUGGUACCUUUACGUGACAUGCAGAAGGGCGUGUUUCCAGCUUGCAGACAAAAUUUUAGUGGUGGAAACAUAUCAAAAGAAAUGCAAGACAUACUACAUUCACAAAAUUAUAGAGAAGAGAAUAGCAAACACAAGCGGUUUGCUGAACGAGGGAUUCUCCGACGAGGCAGGCGAGAAGAUACCGCACAAGGUUGGGGACCUAUAUACGCCGCUUCACUUAGAUGAUGGCACCACACUUAACGUGGACAGCUACCGUUACUUCAAGCAUAAAAAACAGUUUCUUGUAUGGGACGGUUCGCGAGCGCAAUGGGCCCUGCUCAGCGGAGUGGAAAGUGGUGCCACAUGCGCGCAGCUGCACGCCAUGGGGGCUGUGUCGCCUGCGGCCGAGAAACGAGCGAGGAUGUUAAACAUCUACGGUUUAAACGAGAUCAAAGUCCCAGUCCAAAGCAUCAUGACGCUCGUGCUUCUAGAAGUUGUCAAUCCUUUUUACGUAUUCCAACUGUUCACUAUAGCCGUGUGGCUGGCCGAGCCUUACUACUAUUACUGCGGGGCGGUGGUGCUCAUGUCUACGUUUGGUGUGGCCACAUCUGUCAUACAGACUAAGAAGAACCAGCAAAGCCUCCGCGCCACCGUGGAGGCGCACGCGUCCGUGCAGUUGCUCUCGGGACACGAGGUGGACUCUCGCGCCGUGGCGCCCGGUGACGUCAUCACGCUGCCCGCGCACGGCUGCGUCAUGCUGAGCGACUGCGUACUCUUAGCCGGCUCCGCUAUCGUCAACGAGAGCAUGCUCACUGGUGAAUCUGUGCCCGUAACGAAAACUGCGUUGCUACGCGUCGACAAGCCAUUCCACUUCAAGGAACAUGCGUCCAGCGUACUGUUCUGCGGGACACGCGUUAUUCAGACGAGAUAUUACAAUAAUGAGCCCGUUAGAGCAUUGGUUCUGCGGACUGGGUAUAACACGAGCAAGGGUCAGCUGGUCCGCAGUAUCCUGUACCCCACUCCGGCUGACUUCAAGUUCGACCGGGACUCGUACAAGUUUAUUAUAAUAUUGGCGGUCAUUGCUUUGUUAGGACUGGCUUAUACUAUUGCUCUAAAGGCCUAUCGUCACUUAACUCCCGGCGACAUUGCGAUUAAAGCUCUCGAUAUAAUAACCAUAGUGGUGCCUCCGGCGCUACCUGCCGCCAUGACAGUAGGCCGGCUUUACGCGGUGUCGCGGCUUAAGCGCGCGCGUGUGGCCUGCCUUAAUACAAGAGCGGUCAAUGUGAGCGGGUCACUGGACUGUAUAUGUUUUGAUAAGACCGGAACCCUAACGGAGGAUGGGCUUGACAUGUGGGGUGCCAUCCCCGUCAGCGCGGCCGUCACCCCGCCCCGUCUAUCACGACCCGUGCGAGACCCGCGGCAACUUAACGACCUGCACGACCUCAAACUCGGCAUGGCGGCCUGUCACAGCCUCACCCUACUCCACGGGGAACUAGCCGGGGACCCGCUCGACCUUAAGAUGUUCGAAUCGACCGGUUGGACAUUGGAAGAGCCAGCAGUGCCCGAGACGACCAACUAUGAGCUUCUGACACCAACUAUCGUACGACCGUCUAGAACUGCUAAUAUCAACGUUGACGAUGUCCAUCUGCCGCUAGAAGUGGGAAUAGUGCAGCAACACCAGUUCGUGUCGUCGCUCCAACGUGCCUCGGUAGUGGCCAGAAUAUUGGGCGAAGAUGUCCUUAGGGUGUACUGCAAGGGAGCGCCCGAAAUGAUCCGUACACUCUCCAAGGAAGAGACAGUACCCGAAGACCUGGAUGAGAUCCUCCACUUCUACGCGGAAAAAGGGUACCGCGUGAUCGCAGUAGGCACCCGGAUGCUCGAGAAGACACAUAGGGAGCUGCAGAAGAUGACCAGAGAUGAGGUGGAAUGUGAGCUGGAAUUUCUCGGGCUGGUCAUAAUGGAGAACCGUCUUAAGCCGGCCACAACCCCCAUCAUCCGGGAGCUCAAGGAAGCCAACAUACUGGUCGUCAUGAUUACUGGGGAUAACAUCCACACAGCGGUGAGCGUGGCCAAAGAGUGCGGUAUCCUGGUCCCGGGCGAGCGCGUGGUCCACCUCUGCGUGGAGAGCAGCGGCCACGUGCCUGUCGUCUGCUGCGAAAGCUCCAAGCACGGGGCCCCUAUAGGGAGACGAACUGCGCUGACUAGAUCGUGGCGCUCCGUAGACAGCGGGCGAGGGUCCUCUCGCAGUGCCCUCACAGAUUCAGAGGCCCCGUCUGAAGACCCCAACUACAAGGUGGUCAUGACUGGAGACACGUGGAAGGUAUUACGAGAGCACUACCCGCAGCAGGUCGCGCGAGUGAUCGAGCGCGGCGCCGUGUUCGCGCGCAUGUCUUCCGACCAGAAACAGCAGCUGGUCACCGAGUACCAGGCCUUAGGGUACUAUGUUGGCAUGUGUGGCGACGGCGCGAACGACUGCGGAGCCCUACGCGCCGCGCAUACCGGCAUCUCGCUCUCCGAGCUAGAGGCCAGCGUAGCGGCACCCUUCACCUCAGCAGACCCCGACAUAGUGUGCGUAGCACGAGUUCUGCGCGAGGGCCGAGCCGCGCUCACCACCAGCUUCGGCGUCUUCAAAUUCAUGGUAGCGUACUCUUUGACUGAAUUCUUUUCCGUCGCGUUCCUUUAUUAUUUCGACUCGAAUUUAACCGACUUCCAAUUCCUGUACAUAGAUGUCGCUAUGGUUGUGAAUUUCGCUUUCUUCUUCGGCAUGACUGAGGCUUAUAGGGGUAAACUUUGUAAAAUACCACCUUUGACAUCUCUGCUUGGAUUAGUACCGUUAGUAUCUUUAAUCGGACAGAUGAUUCUAAUUGGGGUAGCGCAGUAUUUCAGUUAUUUCGCUUUGACGUUUUUCCCGUGGUACGAGAGACAUUUAUAUGAAGGCGACGAGGCGAAUGAGUGUUGGGAGAAUUACGCCAUUUUUACAGUAUCAAUGUUCCAGUAUAUUGUCAUGCCUAUAGUGUUUUCACACGGCGCGCCGUAUAGAAGAUCUGUCGUCACUAAUAAAUAUCUUAUGAUCAGUCUGAUUAUAAUGACCGCUAUAUCGAUUUAUAUAACUAUCGCGCCUGCAAAAUUCUUAGCAGAGUUUUUACAGUUAAAAAUGCCUAAAGAUAUCUUACUAAGUUAUAUAGUUUUAGCUGUAGCCGCGUUCCAUUUUGUGAUCGCGGUGUUUUUCGAAAGAGUAAUUGUACAGUAUCUUAUGGAAAGGAAAGAGAUGGUCCCGAAAUGUUUGAAGGAGAGAAGAGUUAGGAAGACUCCACAUCUUAUGAUUAAAAGGGAAUUGACAGAUUUGGACUAUUUAGAAUAUGGUAGUGAGGUAAAAUUUGUUAGAGAGGGGAACUCGGACAAAUGAGGCUAAACUUAGUUAUACAAGAUGUAACCAAUCGUACAAAAAUAUUUCUUUGAUGGCUUAGCCA